UUUAAGUCCCGCGGCACUUCCUCCUCUGGACUGAGAGAAAAGUUUUUGGGGGUUGCAAUCAUGUCCGACCGAGCCGCUUUCGACACCAACGUGGUCACCGUGACCCGCUUCGUCAUGGAGGAGGGCCGGCGGGCCAAGGGGACCGGGGAGCUCACCCGGCUGCUCAACGCGCUGUGCACGGCCGUGAAGGCCAUCUCCAGCGCGGUGCGUAAAGCCGGCAUCGCUCACCUGUACGGCAUCGCAGGCAGCACCAACGUGACGGGCGACCAGGUGAAGAAGCUGGACAUCCUGUCCAACGACCUGGUCAUCAACAUGAUCAAGUCGUCCUUCACCUCCUGCGUGCUGGUGUCGGAGGAGAACGACACAGCCAUCAUCGUGGACCCCGACACGAGGGGCAAGUACAUCGUGUGUUUCGACCCGCUUGAUGGCUCCUCCAACAUUGACUGCCUGGUCUCCAUCGGAACCAUCUUUGCCAUCUACAAGAAGGCCAUGGAUGACGAAGAGCCUUGCGAGAAAGACGCCCUGCAACCCGGCAGGAACCUGGUGGCGGCGGGAUACGCUCUCUAUGGCAGCGCCACCAUGAUGGUGCUCUCCACUGGACACGGAGUCAACUGCUUCAUGCUCGACCCAGCCAUCGGAGAAUUCAUCCUGGUGGACCGGGACGUGAAAAUCAAAAAGCGGGGCAAGAUCUACAGCUUGAACGAAGGCUACGCCAAAUACUUUGAGCCGGCCGUCACAGAGUAUUUGCACAAUAAGAAGUUUCCUCAGGACGGCACCGAGCCCUACGGCGCCCGAUACAUCGGCUCCAUGGUGGCCGACGUGCACCGGACGCUGAUGUACGGCGGGAUCUUUUUGUAUCCCGGCAACGCAAAGAGCCCCAAGGGAAAGCUGCGUCUGCUCUACGAAGGCAACCCCAUGGCCUUCAUCAUCGAGCAGGCAGGGGGCGCCGCCUCCACGGGCUUCGAGGACAUCCUGGACAUCCAGCCGGAGAGCAUCCACCAGAGGGCCCCCGUGGCCAUGGGCUCCUCCGACGACGUCGCAGACUACGUGGCCAUCUGCCGCAAACACGCCGCCAAGGCCAAGUGAGGUUCGCCCCACUUGGCGUCCACUUUUCAGGGAAGGAGAACGUUCUUAAAUUGUAUUACCUUUUUCAUUCAAAAUAUGUCUGCAUUAUAUUGAGAUAUUACAUAUGGUACAUGCUGUACAUGUAUGUAACUGAAGGACUUUAUGAAGAAAAAUACACCCCACAAAUAAAAAUACAACACAAAAUUGUUUAAGUCUUAAAGCGGCAAUAUCUGUAUUCAAUGCAGGUGUAUCAAUACUAUGUUGUAGCAAAAAAUGUAUACAUCACAAUACUUGUUGCUGGCAUAUUGAUACUGUAUCAUAAUAGACAACAUAUGCUACAGUACAAUAUCAGUAUUUGAUUUCGGUGUGUCAAUACUGUAUUGCAAGAAAUAAAGAUUUGAUAUUUACGAUAUUUGUUGCAUACUGUAUGUAUCCGUACUGUAUCAUAAUGUGUUAUGAUAUUUAAAGCAGCUAUAUCGAUACUGCAUUGCAACAGAAAACUAUAUGAUACAAAUCACUAAAUAUACUUUAUCGCUAAAAAACAUAAAAGAAAUGUAUCAUGAUAUUGCUAUUUGAUACUCGUGUAAUGUAACUGCAUCGCAACAAAUAAUACAAUAUAUAUCAAUAGUUAUGAUGGAUGCUGGUUUAGCAAUACUGUAUAGAAGAUAAAGAUAUGAUAUACAGUAUCAAUAUUUGUAACAGAUUGAUUCGAUGAAUCACAAUAUUCCUAUUUGUUGCUAGUAUACCGCUGUGUAUCACUAUAUCGAUAUUUCAUGCAUUACAUUUCCUUACAAUACAAUAUACAGUACUCCACACAUCACAACAAUGAUAUUUGAUGCUGUUGUAUCAAUGCUGUAUCGCAACAGAUAAUAUGAGGUACAUACAUAUCACAAUAUGGAUAUUUUAUCCUGCCGCUAUUAAAAAAGAAUGACAACGGACAUGCAACAUGUGAAGGACCAAAAUAAAAGCUCACUGUGAUGCUUCAUAAUGUGAACAACUGUUUAAAAAAAAUAAAAAUAAUAAAUCUCA